AUGUCCAAUCAGCCACUCGACGACAUCCUCAAGACGCGCUGUGAUGGCGAAGUCAUGGACGCUGCUCCGCCUGUCGACGACGUCAAGAAGAUCACUAAGACUGUUGCAAAGCAGACCGGAAAGCACAACAACUUCACUGGAGGAACUACCUCUCGCACGUUGGCCGGCAAGCAGAGCCUACCACACGACCACUACAUACCGAAGACCCGUCACGACAACCGCCCGAACCAUCGUUGUUCCCAUCGCUUCAGAGCCACCACUGCUACUACCCCAGUCGGCGGCGUCAAGAAAACCACCAUGGCGACUUCACUCGAUGAGAUCCUGAGAACCCGCCGUGGCAGCAAGGCCACCGCUGCUGCUCCACCUGCCGGCGGCGUCAAGAAGAUUACUAAGGCCGUUGCAAAGCAGACCAGAAAGCACAAAUCGCUCAACGGUAUCCUGAAGACUCGCCGCGACAACCGCCCGAACCGUCGUCGUCGCCAUCGCGGUAAAGCAACCGCUGCUCCUCCACUUGCCGGCGGCGUCAAGAAGAUUACUAAGGCUGCCACGAAGCCUACCGGAAAGCCCAUUUUGCCACUCGACGACAUCCUAAAGACCCGCCGUUGCGACAAGGCUACCGCUGCUGCUCCGCCCUCCGUCGACGGCGUCAGAAAGAUCACCAAGGCUGCCGUAAAGCAGACCGGAAAACACAACUCGCUCGACGACAUCGUGAAGACCCCCUGUUGCACCCGCCGUGGCAACCGCACGAACGAACGUCGUCGCCAUCGCCGUGAACUUACCGCUGCUGCUCUGUCCGUCGUCGGCGGCGUCAAGAAGAUUACUUUGGCUGUCGCGAAGAAGGCCGGAAAGCAAACUUCCUUCCUGGAGUUGUGA